AUGGAGAAGGGGCAGGACAUAGCGGCAUCCGGCGGUGAGAAAGGUUCAGAGCAGCACGCCAUUGAUGUAGUUCCCAUAGAGGUAGAGCAUGGCGACGGCAAGGGCGUCGUCCACGCCGGAGCCGGAGAUGACACCGAGAAGGAGAGACUGGUCGUUGUUGAGGAGCCCCAGAAGAAGAAGAGCACGAGGGUGGCAGCUCUCGAUGCCUUCAGAGGGCUCACCAUUGUGCUGAUGGUACUGGUGGACGAUGCCGGUGGGGCUUACGAGCGGAUGGACCACUCGCCCUGGAACGGUUGCACUCUGGCAGACUUUGUCAUGCCCUUCUUCCUCUUCAUCGUCGGUGUCGCAAUCGCCUUUGCCAUGAAGAGGGUUCCAAACAUGGGUGCCGCUGUGAAGAAGGUCAGCGUCAGAACACUAAAAAUGCUCUUCUGGGGCCUGCUACUGCAAGGUGGAUACUCUCACGCUCCGGACGACCUUGCUUAUGGAGUGGACAUGAAGGUGAUAAGAUGGUGUGGCAUCCUCCAGCUUGGUCUUAAUCAUAACAUAGUUCUUUCCUUAUAUUUGACGAUGGUUCAUCAGAGGAUAGCUUUGGUGUACUUCGUGGUUGCCCUCAUAGAGGUGUUCACCAUAAAGGUGCGGCCUGUCACCGUCCGUUCCGGUCCUUACGCCAUCUUCCAUGCCUACCGGUGGCAAUGGUUAGGCGGAUUCAUCGUGUUCAUCGUAUACAUGGUCACGACGUUCUCGCUUUAUGUUCCAGAUUGGAGCUAUGUGUACCAUUCGGAUGGCGAUGCCAAUGAUGGGAAGCGGUUUACGGUACAAUGUGGUGUAAGGGGUCACCUGGACCCGGCUUGCAAUGCAGUGGGUCAUGUUGAUAGGGUGGUCUGGGGGAUUAAUCAUCUCUACUCGCAGCCCGUCUGGAUCCGGACUAAGGAUUGUACAUUUAGCUCACCCGAAUCAGGUCCUCUCCGUGCCGAUGCUCCAUCAUGGUGUCUUGCGCCAUUCGAACCAGAAGGAUUGUUAAGUUCAAUAUCGUCGAUUCUAUCAGGGACAAUUGGAAUCCACUAUGGCCAUGUUCUAAUCCAUUUCAAGACCCAUAAGGAGAGACUGAAACACUGGCUUUCAAUGGGCUUUUCACUCCUCUUGCUCGGCAUUAUCCUUCACUUCACAAAAGCUAUUCCAAUCAAUAAGCAACUCUACAGUAUCAGUUACGUUUGCUUCACUGCCGGCGCGGCUGGAAUAGUUCUUUCAGCUUUCUACAUGCUGAUUGAUGUCUGGGGCCUGAGAGUACCAUUCUUGUUCCUCGAGUGGAUCGGCAUGAACGCCAUGCUUGUGUACGUCCUAGCGGCACAGGGCAUAUUUGCAGCUUUCGUGAACGGAUGGUACUAUGAGUCACAAGAUAAAACCCUUGUUAACUGGAUCCAAAAGCAUGUGUUUGUCAAUGUAUGGCAUUCAGAAAGGCUGGGAACUCUGCUGUACGUCAUAUUUGGAGAGAUCCUCUUCUGGGGUGUUGUCUCUGGCAUCUUGCACAAGCUGGGGAUUUACUGGAAACUAUGA